AUUAAAACAAAUGGCGAACAAUAAGCCUGCCGAUGAUAAUAACCUUGAUCAAUAUUAUGAAGAUUCUAUCUUCUCGAUCACAGAGGAUGCACAGUAUCCUCUCUUUGAUGCUGAGAAAGCUAAAGAGGGAAUCAUAACUAAAUAAUCAAGGUGCUACCAGAAGAAGGUCUUCAAGAAAAGCCAAAGAGAAGCAAAAUAAAUCUUCAUUAUUUUUGUUGAGGCAAGGGUCAAAUAUGACAAUGGGUAAUAGAGGGCCAAACAUGGGAGAAAGCUUUGAAGGGGAUUUUAGAAUGGACUCGUCAACCCCAAGCUUGCUCCAAAAGGAUUCUUUUAACCCAUGAACUCCUAAAAGGACUCCUACCUCUCCGUUUUUAGGCAAUCAGAUAGGACUAAACUUUUCCAAACUUCCUUCGUUUGGGAAUGAAAGACCAGUUGGGAUAAUGAGGCCAACACCUCAGAUGAGGGGAACAGAAAGAAGUAGUUCAAUCACUCAUUCCAGUCAGAUUGGAAUUAAUAGAGCAGACAGCAAGGAUGACUUGUCUCCAAGAUCUAAAAUGUUUCCUAAACUGAAGGAGAAAAUUAAUACAAUUAAAGGCGGAGGAUCUUUUACAAAAUUUGAACGUAAUACUCCUAUUAACAGUGGAAGAAAGGAUUGGCUUACCCAGGAAAAUCACAGAAUCAUCAAUUCACAAGGAAAGAAGAAAGAAGAGACACAAAAGUCUAAAGCUCCAAAUUUUGGCACCCUAAUUUCCCAAGAAAGCAAACCUAAAAUGAAAGAAGCUAAACCAAAGGUAAUGAAGGAAGAGAAGAAGGAAAUUAAACCCAAAGAAGAGAAGAAAGAGAAAAAUACGACUAAGAAAAAGGGAGGGAAAUCUAAAUAAAGGAAAGAAGGCUUCUAAGGACAACAAUAGCUUAUCCGGGAGAAAAGACGUUGUGUUCAAGACUCUCCUUAGGUCUAUUAAGAGAUACUACAGUACCCUUUUCGAAGACAAUACUAAGUAUAAUGAUUUGACUAAAACUAAGCAGGAUAAGCUAUGAAUCUCGAUAGUUCAAGACUUCACCAGAACAACAUUUGGAGACAAGAUUAAAACUCAGAAGGAGGGGAAUGAAGACAAAGAAUUCAUUGAAAAUGUAUCAUUUAAUGAUAUAGCAAUGUUCAUUCUAGCCUUAAUAAUCCCAAGUUUUAUCAAGAGGCAUUAUAAAUAUGUUGAAGGAUCAACAACUGUAAACACUGAAGCAUACAAGACAUACGAUAUAUUUUAUGAAUGCUUGUACAGAUACUCUCAUAAGAGGCUUGAGGCAGCACUCGGAAUCCCUAGUGUUGCAAUUGUGUUUAAAAUGUUCCUAAAUGAUGGAGUGUUUGAUAACCUGCUAUUGAAUGAUCCGACGCUGAGCAAAAACCAAGAGGCUUAUCAAGAAGCAAGACAAGAAUUUCUGAACAUAAUAAACAAGUGCUAA